AUGGGAAAGUAUCAGGUUACAAUCUUGUCGCUUUGGGCACUGUUUGCCUCAUACGUUAUAUUAGAUUUGAAAGUUCAAGUAAGAGCAUCAUUACCUUUGGAAAGCGAAAUUGAAGCUAAAUUGAAGCUUCUCAACAAGCCUGCCGUGAAAACGAUUAAGAGUGAAGAUGGAGAUAUUAUCGAUUGCGUUGACAUCUACAAACAACCUGCUUUUGACCAUCCUGACUUUAAAAAUCAUAAAAUUCAGAAAAUACCAGAUUUUCUUCUAAAAUCCCAAAAAUCAAGUACAGACGAUGCUUUCGAGGAAAAUUCAGCUAUAUUUCAGACAUGGCAGAAAAGUGGAAGUUGUCCAAAAGGAACCAUCCCCAUUCGCAGAACACGGAGGGAGGAUUUACUAAGAGCUUCUUCUCUGCACCACUUCGGACAAAAACCCGCAGAGUUAUUCAUUAAUUCAUUAAACAAAACAAACUUCAAUUUUCCCAAAUUCAAUGGCAGCAAAGAAGUUAUUCCAGAAAAUCACUCGGCAUCAUAUCUUGUGACGAUGGGAUACCAUUAUAUAGGUGCACAAGCAACUAUCAAUGUUUGGAAUCCAGUGGUUGAUCUCCCAGAUGAUUUCACCACUGCUCAAAUCUGGCUUAAGACCGGAGCUGCCAAUAGUUCUGAUUUUGAAAGUGUUGAAGCAGGCUGGGUGGUGAAUCCAAAGUUAUUUGGCGAUCGAAAAACACGAUUUUUUUCCUACUGGACUAGGGAUUCUUAUCAGUCAACAGGCUGCUUUAAUCUAGCUUGCCCUGGGUUUGUGCAAACAGGCCAAGUAGUUCUUGGUGGUGCCAUAAGUCCAGUGUCAACCAAAAGAGGCCGCCAGUACGAUCUCAACGUUGGAAUGUUUUUGGAACCUAACACGGGGAUUUGGUGGCUUAAAAUAAGAGACAACAUCCCGGUAGGUUACUGGCGACCCAAUUUAUUUAGAGGUUUAACGACAAGUGCCACAAUUGUUGAGUUUGGGGGACAAGUGUUCAGUCCAAUGGUUAAGAAAACUCCCCACACAAGAACAGGGAUGGGGAGUGGAGAUUUUGCAAAUGGCCUAUAUGGAAAUGCAUGCUUCAUGCGCAAUGUAAGAAUUAUGGAUUACUCGCGUUCACUCAAGUACCCUGAGUUUGUACAUCCUACGACUGAAGAGCCCUAUUGCUACAAUGCCUUCAAUCAUGCUAAAUAUGGAAAAGAGCCUUACUUCUAUUUUGGAGGGCCUGGACAAAAUCAUCCUUACUGUCCUUGA